GUGCGCAGUCUUUUUUCAAACCCGCUUUCACUCACACGAAAAUUACGAAAAUUCACGUUUUGAAAACGCACGCGCGCCAUUUAUAUAUUUUGAUAUUGAAAACACGGUCAACUUUGUAAGGUGCUCUUUUAGGAAACUAAAUAGUUGUAAUUGUGCAAACGAGACGGUAACAAUUUAUAUCCUGAUUCCGUUAGAAACACUUCCUUCCCGUUUGUCGAAUUAACUGCAUUCCCAUUCAACAAUUCGAUAAUUAAAAUGAAUAGUUUUUUGUUAGUGUGCACCAUUGGUUUGAUCCUUGCAGUGACAUCCUGUCAUUCGCAACAUCAUCACGGUCAUCCAAAUCAGAAUAAUAUACCGCGUGAUGAGAAGGUCUCCGAACAUCGGGAUCAUCAUCGUGAAAGCACCACCUGGAUACCGAUACUCAAGUAUAAUAAGGAGCAAAGUGAAGAUGGCAGCUAUAAAACCGAAUAUGAGACUGGCAACAAUAUUGUGCAUGAGGAGACCGGCUUCUUAAAAGAUUUCUCCGAUACAAAUCCCAAUGGUGUGCUGGUGCAGCAUGGUCAAUAUUCGUACCAAUCACCCGAGGGCGAUGUAGUCAACGUACAAUACACAGCCGAUGAGAAUGGAUUCCGUGCAACUGGUGAUCAUAUACCCACACCACCGGCUAUUCCGGAGGAAAUCCAAAAGGGAUUGGAUCAAAUUUAUGCUGGCAUAAAAUUACAACAAGAACGUUUAGAGCAACGCGCUAAGAGUGAUCCUGAUUUUGCCAAGAAACUUGAAGAACGUCGUUUGGCCAAUAAGAAUGGUCAAUAUAUUGGUCCAUUGGAAAAUGCUUAAAUUGCGCAAGUCAAAAUUAUUAUUUAGUGGUUCGGGUGAAAAA